GCUAAAACUAGACCUAAAUCUAAAAGGCACAGGACAAGGGAAAGAUUUAAAACAAUGAACUUGACGAUUUCUUAUGGAAUACCUAUCUUUUGAUUAAAUUGUGAUUUUAAUGCAAGUCAGACAGAAUUAAAUCAAGAUGGCAUUGCCAGUUUUUAGCAUUGGAAGGCUUCUUACAAAGCCGAAAAUUUUGCCAAUCCUUCCUCAGAUAUGGUCUUACAAUACAGCUAAGAUGUUGGGUGCAAGUUUCAUAAGCACCCAAGGAAAGAUUAAUCAUAUACAUUUUGCAUCAGAUGCAGGACCCAGAUCUCCCUUCAAAAUCUGCCAUUAUACAGUUCAAAUAAAAACACUAAGAAUUAAUGCUAGAUUUCUGACUACCAGGCAUAAAUAUCUGAAUCAGAAAGAAGAGAAUUCAUCAGAUUUAGAUGUUGCUCACAUCCAGAAAGAAUUAGAAGUUGCAAACAAACUCUCCAGGAAGCAGAAACGUGCCGCAGCGGACCCAAAGAACUCUAUGAUCAACGUUGGAAGGUUUGUGACGGACAAGAUUCUUGAAUUGAUUGAUGAAACUGGAACAUCACUUGGAUCAGUCAAUAGGAGUCAAGCAAUUGCUUUAAGUCAAGAGAAGAAACUUAAGUUGGUGUUGUUGAAGCCUAAUGCUAAACCUUGGCCAAUUUACAAGUUGAUGACAGGACAGGAACUUCAUGAGGAACAGGUUAAGCGCAAUGAAAAAGCCAAAAAGAAGACAACUCCUACGCAGUUAAAAGAAGUCAAAGCAUCAUGGAAUAUUGGUCAACACGACAUCGGAGUGAGACAGCGUCAACUUGAAAACUGGUUUUCUGAUGAAAGUGCUAAUAUACAUGCUAGAGUUACGGUCACAGGUGGCAAAGGAACUGAAAUAGUACCUCAGGAGAAACAGAUGGCUGUUGUGAAUCAACUCCUUCAUGGACUUGACGAUAGACUAACUCUAAAUGGACCCCCUCAGAUGGUUGGCAAGAAUAUGAAUAACCUUAGGGUUACAAUACGCACCAUGUCUGCCAAAGAAAAAGCUGCUUAUAAAAAGGGUUUAUCAGAAAAAGUGCCUCAAAGGCCUAAAUAGAUAUAGUAGCCUGAAAUAUUAUAAUUUGGGAAUAUGAUUUUUUUUUUUCAUAAGCAUCACUUUCUAUAUUAUUGUGAUUGCAAAGUUUGCAAAGCAAAAACUCUUACAAUAUUUCAUUUGAUUUUACAACUCUUUGAAUGCCCAUCAGUGAAACUGAGAAUUGAUAGUGUUUCUUUAGGCAACAACAAAGUUUAGUACUUGGGGAGGAAUAAGAUUAAAAGUUUAUACUUAAAUAAACAUACAUAAUGAAAGAAUAAAGAGUUUUAAAGAAUAUGUUUUCAUGAAAGAACGUUUUGGCAAUAUGAGUACGGUUGAAAAGAAGAAAACCAUAAUGCUAUGUUUCUGUUAUUAAAGUACAUGUAGUGCAUCUUUGUGAAGGCUGUAGACGAGACUAAUGGAGCAUUACAUGAAACAAAUAGUGAUAUUCAUUGACUAGUUUGUUUUGAAUUUAUCAGAUGCAGGCAUUUCAGUAAUAACAAAGUAAGUGUCUUGGUGAAAAUCACUUUUUGUUGAAUGGAUCGGUCUCUUAAGUCUCGAUGGUAUGUGUGGGCAAGUUCCUAAGGCACGAACCAGUCACGUGGACAGGUACCACAUUGAUAUCUCGUAAUCUUUUAAGAGAGAAAGUUAGGUUUUGCACAGGAUAUCACUGAUUAUCUUGUCAUUAAAAUAAAAACAUAGAUAGCAUGCAACAAAACUCCUCUUGUAUUACUGGUUUUGUAAAAAUUAGAAUGGGAAGAGUGUCCUUGUAUUUGAAAUGCUUAUUUAAGUUCUAAAAAAAAUUCCCAUUUAAUGUCAAGAUUCAUUUUCCGUCUGUUUUCACAAAAUCUGAAGAAAACUUGUUACUACAUUUGUCUUCCAAUUCAUUCACUGUUGUAAACAACAGGAAGAUAGUGAAUUUAUUCUUUUUAAAACUAGAACUCCUAGAUAAUCUGGACAUUGGCAUUUUCAAGAAAUAUUGACUUCAUGAUGUGCUGUACUGUACUUUGGUUAUGAAUGUAUGUUGUAUUAUCCAGGGUAUAAUUAGUACAUAUUUGAAAUAUGAUUCUCAGUACGCAAAUACUAUGAAAAGCAAGUUAUUGUAUUCAUGAAUAUUAAAUUUCCAGUGACAAAU